AUGGCGCCCGCAAACGCCUCUCACCGACCCCUCUCCAUUGCUCUGCUGGUUCUGAGCGUUUUGCACACCAUCAUCAUCGUCGCUGCAGGUGCGCUUGCGAUCAGCGUCGUCGUCAGCGCACCUUUUGGUAGCAGUCCAGCAAUCUCAGCAGCCGUGAGUAGCCGCUCCACUCAGCAGGAGCAAUUUUUCCCAUCAGAAAACAUGGGGAAACAAAACAAGGGCUGA